AUGUCCGGGUAUGACAUCGCGCAGGUGACACACAAGGGCGAGGACCGUGGUGGAGCGAGCAGCGAGGCGGGCGGCGAGACGGGCAGUGAAGCGGGCAGCGAGGAGGCCAGCAGGAACGGCAGCGCGGGCGGCAGUGGCAGUGGCAGUGGCAGUGGCAGUGGCAGUGGCAGUAGUAGCAGUGUCGUGGUCAGCAGGAGAGGCAGCGGUGCGACGGGCGAACUGUCGCGCGCGGUGAUAGUGGGCAUUCCCCUGGGCGACCCGCGUCUGACCCAGCCCACCGCGCUGGAGGCCGCGCCCACGGGCGCGGGCAAACCCAAGCGCAAUACCUUCGCGUGCACCAACUGCCACUCACAAAAGUCGAAGUGCGUGCCCUCGGACGUCAGCGACAUCUACCGCAAGCCCUGCGUGCGCUGCCACAAGCGGCGCAAGCUGUGCAAGUUCGACCUCUCGCGCAGGACAAGGCGCCGCCGCCGCGAGAGCGACACUUCUGUCGAGGCGCAGGGCUCGCGUGAUAGCCCGCAAUACCUCGCGCCAACCGCGGACCGUCCCGUGGCGGAGCCUGAGGCCGCGCAUUCGGCACUGCCCCUACCGCCGUUGUCGAUGGCACGGGUGGCAGCACCGGCGCCCAAGGCGCCGACUCAAACAGAGGCCGCUGCCCAGGGUGAGAGCGAGUCCAAGCGCCGCCAUUUCCGUAGCUCGUUGCAGCGCGAGCUCCAGCUCUUGCUUGCCUCGCAACGCGAAAACCUAAACGCAGUUACCGAUAGGUUAACACAGCUCUCUGACAAAUGGAACGACGUUAUCGAGAACAGCGUCGGCGUCCCGCUAGCGUUGGACCCAGUCACUCUAGGUAUCAUCACCAGAGAGCAGGCGCAGCUCAGGCUUGACCUGUAUCGCUCGGACAUCUCGAACAAGUUCCGGCUCCCAUUUGUCAAGAUACCUGCCGAUCUAGAACUCGACGAAUUCCGCGAAAAGGAACCUAUUCUUUUCGUGACGGUAAUGGCCACUGUCUCGCUUAUGCUGAAGCGCGACCAGUCCAACGACGACCAAAACAUGAAAUUGGAUAACUUCGCACUUGGCUUGAUAUCGCACCACAUGAUGCGGCUAGGCGAUAAGUCUUUUGAGCUACUGAAGUCGCUUCUGACCCUCUGUCUGUGGUACAAUUUCCCCGAGUGGUCAAAUCGGACUCGGUUCCACUUCUUCAACUACAUUUGUUGCUGCCUAAUCCGGGACCUUAUUCCUGUCAAAAGACCAAGGCUAUUCUCGAUGAUGAAUAACAAGGCCUUACCUGCAGAAGACGAGUCUGCUACGAUUGAACAGUUUUUGUUUCAGAACGAAAGCUUCGCCCGGCUGGUCAUUCUGGUCUACGUUUCUGCAUUAAACAUCAACAUUUUCUUGCGGCAGCCUGUCCAAAACAGAUGGGGAUCACUGCAAGAUACAGCAUCACGCAUCAUUUUACUUUUUGAGUCGGGUCCUCGCUCCCUUUACCAGCGUGAAGAGGACGAAAUUCUUCUGACUUUUGCAAAGCUCAAUCGCAUUCUGGAGACUGUCCAUAUAAAGCUACACGAAGCUGAAGACGAGCAUUUGUAUUGCCAAGAGGGGCCGAUACCGAGCGCGCAGCUCAACCUAAUAGCCAAACUUCAGGUUGAUCUGCAGAUUGUUUACAACGAAAUACCCUCUGGUAGAGCACGCGCCCUGGCCUUUUUCCACUCGGUCGAGGCUUAUCUGCACGAGUGGUUGUUUUCAAGAUUUAUGGCUAGGUUUCCAGACCAUUCAGUCAUUAGAGACCUACCCUCGGAAGUCUCAGAAUCUUUUAACAAGUUCGCGCAAUCCUGCAUAAGCGCAAUGCACGAAUUUUUGAAGCUCACGCCUGAGCUCAUUGCAUCUCUGCCUCUUUUUCACAUUUCCAGGGUAGUUUACACGGUUGGAAUGCUUCUGCUGAGAGUCAGAUACACUACUAUGACGGUGCCUGCUUUCAAUUUUUUGAAGCAAUCAACGCAGUCUGCCGUUCCUCUUGUGAAGCAAAUUUCUCACUUGCUGAAUGACAGUGCUGCAUUGUUCCCCUACAACAACUUUCUUUCCAAGCUUCGAUAUGUCGUGGCUCUAUUUGUUCAAAUCUACGCGAACAAAUUAAAGGCAUUCUUUGAGGACCCGAAAACUUACCCUGAGAACGCAUGCCGCGUUCCAGUUACCAGCAUACUAACGCCAACUCCACCACAAAAUUCCGUGCCAAUGUUACUGAACCCAGUUUCGCCUCCAGGCUCUCGCAGCCCAGUAAGCGGAACACCCGCACCGGAGGCCAGACAGCCUGGUUCGGAGGUAUCGAACAAACUUAUCGAUGACCUUUCAUUCCAAUUGGCUGAUUUGAGUUCCUUGGAAUAUGGCUUCAACGCGCUCAAUGACGAAUUUUGGACAGAUGUUUUCUUUGGCGCCAUGUAA